AUGACGGAGACCGCGUCUCCCGUCCCACCUCGCCAACAGUCGGAUGCAGUUGAUCGUGAACCGGUGAAGAACAACCACAACAACGGCCACAUCGAUGAACUGCUACCAUCUCCAUUUCUUGCCAAACCCGUCGAAGACAUUGAUCCCGUAUCUGUGCCGAUUUUAGAAGCUGUCCCGUCAUCUCCUAGUGAUAGUUCGCUCUCGGAUCCGUUAUCAGAACCUCCCUCGGACGAAGAAGAGAUAGAGCUCUCCAUCUUGUCCGGACGUCCUGAGACGGCCACCGAAGCGACGAAAAAUACAUCACAAUGCACCGACGAAGUACAAAAUAAUGAAUGCAGUCAGGCCGGAGGUGCCUUGCCUGAAGAAGAUGGCGCGUUGGAGGAGCGCCCCACCAAACGUCGGAGGGUACGGGACCAUACGCCUCCGCCACCACCAAGCAAGACACGCGACGUCAAGUUAGAAUCGCCGCCAUGGAAAAAGUUCGAGGCCGAGGGUCCAACAUCCUUCACCGAUGAAGGCAAGCGGAGGUCAGGGCGAAUCAACCUCGCUCCUGCACAGCUCCAGCGCGCAGACCAAAACACCCCAAAGCGCGGUGUUAACGGCACUCAAACAAGCACUCCCGCGAAAAACAAGCAUGCAUCAACGAACGGAAAUGCCUCGAGUAAACAAAAACCGCAGGCUUCUGCAACCACGAACCGCCGCACCAGCGCCGCAGCAAAGCCAACUCCUCCCUCGAAACCGCCCGUCUCCAAAACGACCAGUCGUACCUCGGGCGCACACGAAACCAGAACCUCUCAACGCAGUCGCCGACGAUCGCCAUCCCCUCCACAUAAACUUCCCUCUCGCGCCUCGGCUAGGAGUCGGCGGUCAAUAGGAAAGGAAAGCGUUGAAAAUGUCGCCGAUGAUACCGCGCGCGCGGCGCCCCGGAUAAAGCUACGAGUAACGAAGCAGACAACGAUACCGUUUGUGCAUCCAGCGCAAGCAAAGACCCGCCCCAAGCUUGGUCCAUCUUUCGAAGAGUAUUUCGAUCACGCUAGAAACAUCCCCGUCGAAGAAGGUGGACAGUAUGCGACCGACGACACGCCCCCGAUGACCGACGAGAUGGCACUUGAAGAAGCGAGACUCUUGAACAGGAUAGAGCAAGAGACGGAACCCGGAGGUCUCUUGUCGGUUGGAAAGUGCUCCGUUUAUGCACCGGAAGUGGCUGAUGAACCUCCGCGCCAAUGGGCUCAUAUGGACCACCUAGUCAAGGCCGUAUCCAACUUCAGGAGGCUGAUGCUGCAGGAGCAACAAAGACAUCGGUCGACAGCUAGGAAGCUCGCCGAGGCUUGUCGCGACGAGUGGCUGAGGAGACAACCCAAAACUGCCGAAGAGCUAGAGCGAGAGCAAUAUGACAUGUGGAGGGCAAAGUAUAGUUUCGUCGUCCGAGCGAUGUUUGGAACCUGGGAGAAUGUCAAGGCCGAGAUUAACCGGAGACGAAUCGAGGAAUGGCAGGCCGAAGAACAGCGUCGCGUCAAAGCUGCACUUCAAGAAGCUGUCCAAAUAUCGGAACAAAAACUCCAAGCUAGACAACUACACCCUGACGAAGAUGGAAUUACCGACGACGACAGCGGCAUCGAUCGGACGUCGGAAGAGGAACAGGACGACUCUGAUGUCCUUGACGAUGAUGACAUGAUUUCAGGUUCCGAGAUCGAUCAGGAAGUGAUUGAGGGUACCGAGGGCGAUGCCGCCGACGAAAGCAACAUGUCAUCUUCGGAAGACGAAGAGGACGCAAAAUCGACAGCUUCCGAUGAGGGUCUUACCCAGGAGCAGUUGCGAGAAAAAUACGCCCACAUAUCGGGAUUAGGUACACCAAAUAACAAUGGAGAUACCCCUGUCACUCCGGAUGUGGAGUCCAAGGCCGACGAUACCGCCAACGCGGAUGAGACGAGCGACGAGUCUGUCGACAUGGAUGACGACAUGGGCUCGUCGGACAUGGAUAGUGAUGAUGAAGAUGACGCUGAGGAAUCUGAGGGCGACGAUGAAGAGGACGAAGAUGAUGCGCCUGGUGGGCUUCUUGGUCUCUUCUUUGGCAAGUCCGAGCUGAAGCAGCUUACAACAGAAGCUGAGCAGGAUAAUGGACUCAGUGUUGAUGCAGACGUCGAGAUGACCAAUGAAAUUCCGCCAUCAGAGGCCAAGUCGCCACUCAAGGUCAACGGGUCUACACCUUCAACGACAACAGCCAUUCUUGAUAGUAAAACUAAUGCUGCUACGGGUGACCUGGACACCUUGGAGCAAAAUAACAAUGACACCACCAGCUUGAAGGACCCUCCACAGCAACAUUCAGCCCAGAGCGUACUACCGUCAGAUGGGCCAGAGAUCACAGAGACUGCACAAACUGCGGCGGAUCCGACAGACAAUACCAACAUUGAUACAUUGUCUCCUGGUUCACAUCCUCUCACCCACUCUGCCGUUUCCAACUUGCAGAAUGGAGGAGCCAAAGACAAUCUUGUGCCUCCAGACGUCUCUCCUCUCACAGCUUAUCAAGACGAUCCUGAUGACUUCUCGCCAGAAGCAUCGAUUGCAUAUGAUUCCGUUGAUCCCCCCAUCGCGACAGUCGCCGACCAAGAUGUGUCCAUGGUCGACCUGUUUGCGCCGGAACGUCUCUCAUCGGCGGCUUCAUCUCUCCCCAACCAUCAACCCUCGGCCACAGAACAAACCACGGCAGAUCCAGUCCAACAGCUACCGAUACCCGAACCUGUAGCACAUGAAAAUUCGCAUGCCACCGAGAUGGACAUCGACGGCGUGACCACCAAACAAAACGAUGAAAUGCCAUUGCCCCCCACUGCUGAUGGGCAACCUACAAAGGCCGAAGCAGUAGUUACCAAAGCUGUAACCCCAGAGACUGAUUUACCUACGAAUCUGCCCAGUCGUGAAUCAAGCCGAACUCCCCACACUUCGGACACCAAGCCAUCCGAGAUUGACACCGCCACGUCGGUUGAGGCGUCCGGUAACCAGGAGAUCAGUCGCUCUGCCUCGCCUCUGCCUGGUGCAGCCAAGACAGAAAUACCAUUCCUUCUGCGAGGAACGCUGCGUGAAUAUCAGCACUUCGGAUUGGAUUGGCUCGCUGGUCUCUAUGCCAACAACACGAAUGGCAUUCUGGCCGACGAAAUGGGUUUGGGCAAAACAAUCCAGACCAUUUCGCUACUGGCACACCUUGCUUGUCAUCAUGAGGUCUGGGGACCUCAUCUCGUGGUCGUCCCAACCAGUGUAAUGCUUAACUGGGAGAUGGAGUUCAAGAAGUGGUGCCCUGGGUUCAAAAUCCUGACAUACUACGGUAAUCAGGAAGAGCGAAAGAGGAAGAGACAAGGUUGGAGUAACGAUGAUGUGUGGAACGUCUGUAUUACAUCUUACCAAAUGGUUUUGCAAGACCAGCAGGUCUUCAGGCGCCGGCGCUGGCACUACAUGAUUCUUGAUGAGGCUCACAACAUCAAAAACUUCAAGUCCCAACGCUGGCAGACACUGUUGGGCUUCAACACACAAGCACGACUCCUGAUCACCGGUACUCCACUUCAAAACAACUUGACCGAGUUGUGGUCUUUGCUUUUCUUUCUCAUGCCCUCCGAGAAUGGCGUGGGGGGAUUCGCGGAUUUGAAAGAGUUCCACGACUGGUUCAGCAAGCCAGAAUCUCAGAUCUUGGAGAGUGGCAGAGAACAGAUGGAUGAUGAGGCUCGAGCAAUUAUUUCCAAGCUGCACAAGGUGCUUCGGCCUUACCUCCUCCGUCGCCUCAAGGCCGACGUUGAGAAGCAAAUGCCAGCCAAGUACGAGCACGUCGAACUUUGCCGGCUCUCCAAGCGUCAGCGUGAACUGUACGAUGGCUUCCUCAGCAGGUCUGACACCAGGGAAACGCUUUCUGGUGGCAAUUACCUGUCCAUCAUCAACUGUCUGAUGCAGCUCCGAAAGGUCUGCAACCAUCCUGAUCUUUUCGUCGAUCGACCCAUCAUGACCUCGUUCCGGAUGCAAAGCUCAGUUCCCUCCCAUUUCGCAGCGACGGAAAAGCUCAUUCGAGGAAAGUUGUUCGCCCAAAGACCGUUUGACUCGGUCAGCUUAGAGUUCAUGAAUCUGGUACCCACGGCGCACGAGAGGUUCUCCGACACCUUUGCUUCAAGCAUCGCACAGUAUAGUGCCCACCGCGCGCUGAACGAGCUCAGGGAAGCCCAGAAGGUCAGAGCGCAUAACGCUUUCUUGCCACUGGACCCUAGUACGGUGGAGUCCAACAUAAUUUAUCUGGAGAGUGCAUCUCGCUGGGGACGCUUCGAGGAGUUGCAGCACUGUAUAUAUUUGAAUGCAUUGCGUCGUCAGCAACAACCCAUCUACGGGACCCGCCUUGUGGAAUUGCUCACCAUCGGUGUCCAGGAACGACCUUUCAAACCGAAGCCCAAGAUUCCGAAAAAGAUCAUUGAGUGGUUUGAGAGUGACUCUCACCUCCUACACAAUGCUGUGCAAACAUUGGACCGCCGAGCGGAGUCAAUGGAGAUGCUUAUCACCAAGUUUGCAUGCGUCACUCCGGCGGUGGUCACCAGAGAUCUCACACCGUUUAUGCUUGGCGAAAAAGGAGUCAAUGCGUUUGAAGAAGCCGACCUCAAGCUGUCGGCCCCGGUCAAGAGGUUACCCUUCAUCCCAAGAGAGCGUCCACAUGAUCCAUGGCACGAGGCCCGCAUGCGACUCUCCAUCCAGUUCCCCGACAAGCGUCUUCUCCAGUACGAUUGUGGCAAGCUCCAAGCUCUGGACCGCCUUCUCAGGAAACUUCAGGCCGGCGGGCACCGCGCGCUCAUCUUUACACAGAUGACUAAAGUUCUGGAUAUCCUUGAGCAGUUCCUCAAUAUCCAUGGCCACAAGUACCUGCGCUUAGAUGGAGCCACCAAAGUGGAACAACGCCAAAUUUUGACCGAUCGCUUCAAUCACGACCCGAGAAUAUUGUGCUUCAUUUUAUCCACCAGAUCAGGAGGCCUCGGCAUCAAUCUCACAGGCGCCGACACCGUCAUCUUCUAUGAUCAAGACUGGAAUCCAGCCAUGGACAAGCAAUGUCAGGAUCGAUGCCAUCGUAUCGGCCAGACGCGAGACGUGCACAUUUAUCGUCUCGUCAGCGAGCAUACAAUCGAGGCCAACAUCUUACGAAAGGCGUCGCAGAAGCAGAUGCUCGAUGACGUUGUCAUCCAGGAGGGCGAGUUCACCACCGAUUACUUCAACAAGAUCUCGGUCCGAGACGUCCUACCUGACUCGGAGAGCGGAGCUGGAGCGAACUCUUUACUUGGCGAGGGCGAUGCAGCGGCUAACGCAGCCAUGGACCGUGUUCUCGGAGGAGUGGAAAGCACGGACACGCGAACGGCGGGUAGGGCGUUGGAGCAGGCAGAAGACAAGGAAGAUGUUACGGCCGCGCAUGCCGCCGAGAAAGAGAUCCAACAGGACGAUGCCGACUUCAGUGAAAAGCCACAGAACACGACAACGUCGAGCACUAGGCAGGGGACUCCCGCAGACGCCCUUUUUGGAGAUAUGACUGCCGAUCAAGCUGCGGCCGAAGGGCAAACUGAGCCCACGGAGCCAGUCGAGGUCGAACACAACGCUUGGGGCGAUAAGAUCAAUACCGUGGACGACUACAUGCUUGCUUGGAUGGCCAAGCAGCUGGAGGGCACGCCUUUGGAUCUUCCCAAGGACAAGAAGAAGAGCAAGAAGAAGGGCAAGGAUACGAGAAAGCGUUGA